AUGGACAGUCAGUGUCAGAAGGAGCGCUACUCUUUGACCUUGGUCACUGGACCCAGCAGCAAGCAGGCGGCGCGGUCCUUCAUUGCACAAGUGGAUGUGAACUCUGACAACACGCCUUCGCAGUGCCCCACGUGGAAUUCGGACAUCCGAAGCAGCGCGCGGGUGAGGUACCACUCCUUCAGCGGCAGCGGGAAAGACCGUGCCAUGACCGUCAACCUGGCGGGUGUUGUGGCCGUGUGCUAUUGCGGCAUGGUCUCCAAUGAGAACGAGUGCAGCAGCUCGCUGCAUUGGCUCUUCGCCGGCUUGUUGACCAUCCAGGGCCCUGAAGGUGGGAAGACCUUCAUCUUCCCUACGAACGUGGUGGUGAAGUUCGACCUUAAGGGUUGGGGCUUCAGCCCUCUCGAUCGCCUCCGCAUCAUCCCUGCCAACGCCGAGUGUUCCGGCGACGAUCAGAAUCCGAAUGAUCCCGCCAGCGACACGAGCUUUAAAGUCAACUGCCCCGCCAUCAAUGGGCAAGGCUGCAGGCAAGCGACGACCUCCGAGUCGAUCCUGACCUCGGUCAUGACGUCCAGCAGCGUGGGCAUCUUCGUGGAUCGAGCCCGGAGCACCAAGCGGAGCGGAGGAUGUGCCAGGUGGGAAUGA